AUGAAAUCAACUUUUUUUCCAAGGAAAAGCAGUUUUAAUGUAUAUUCUCUAUACAGUUGACAAUUACACAUAAAACACAAAAUGAAUAUGUUUAUUGAUUUUGAUUUGUGUGAGAAUUUUGUGUUUUUAAAGAAAAACAGUAGUACUAUUUGCUGCUUUUGUGUGUUAACAUCUCCCCUAAUGUCUUGAGACAAAACAUUAACAAAUUUGAGAUUUACCAUUAAACAUGUAUCAAGGUUCAGACAUUUUUUAAACUAAAGUUUAGCUUUAGUUUUGCAUCUGCAAAUGAGAAUAUAAUCACCCAUCUAUCCAUUUUCUUAACACAGUUUCCCUUUUGGGGGCUACCGGCCUGUCAGUCUAACCAGGCUACUGUUGGACAAAGCCAGGUCCCCCAUGAACAGGUCGCCACCCUCGCAAACAUAGAGUUCAUAAAGGUGCCUGAAUUCUGUGAACAUCCUCACCAUUUUUUGGCUUUCAUUUAAAGUCUUUUUUGUGUGUGUACAUUUAUUAAUAUGGGCUUCAUGAAAAAAAUUCUAGAUUUGAUUGGAAAACCAAGAAUUUAGGAUUCUUCUAUUUUAAAGAAUGGCAUUUUUCUUUCUUAUUUGCAAGUCAUAAUACACAGCCUUUGUGAUGUUAAAGCGUCUUCAAUUCAUUUCAAUUUUAACAUGAAACUAAAACAGUUGUAUUAGGUGGACAAAAAAAAUUAACUGUUUGUUUUGGACUGGAAACGUAUUUCUGAUAAUAAAAAUCUUGCACAUUUUGUUUUAGAUGUUUUUGAUACACUACAAACACAAAAGAGCAUAUUUCACUUGAAGUGUAUACUUUUUUUCUAUAUUCUGAUUCUGAUGUUACUUGCCACAUAGAUCUGCUUGAAAACUUGUCUUUUUGAUUUAAAUAAAUAAAAUCGAAGUUGAGCACGUAUCUAACUUUAUCACAAGAGGGAGGCAAAGUUAAGUUUUUACUCAUUUAACUGUAUAGCAGGGUUCAACCCUCUUGAAAGCAGAAGAAUGAGAGACAAGUGAAAGUUAAAAUAUGAAAAUUGAUAUUCACGUUUAAGGUGAACCUGUCAGAAUUACUUAUAUAAGUUAUGAUUCCACCUUUGAAAGGUGCAUAGCAGUAUUUAUCAUACGGGGAUUUAAAAAACAAACUAAAUUUGAAGCUUUAGUGCAGAAAAUUGUGCUGUUAAAAUAUUUUUUAUCUUUUUACUUUCUAACAUGUAUAUAAUGGAACAUACACUAAGGUGUAAGCAGAGAAAAGUAAAAAUCCUUGCAAAAAUUGUGAACUGCUUUACUAUUUACACUCCACACCAGUAGGGGGCAGUCUUCUGUUUAACUCCACAAGUCGUUAUCUUCCGGAUUAAGCUGUUUGUUUAUGUAUCUAGGUGCCGAAUAGAUGUUCAUCAUUCUCCUGUAAAUAGACUUUGACCAGAUGCUAUACCUAUGGAUAUUUUUGGAAAUCAAGAAUCCGAUUUCUGCAGACUUGAUGUUCCACAGCUGCAUGUAUGCAAGAAGAAUGAAGUUAAGGAAAGGAGCUCCAUACAGGAGGAACUAGAACCUUCAAUAAAUAAAGAGGAAGAGGAGGAACUUCGCAGCAACCCAGAAGAAGAAGAGCAGGAUAUCAAGCCAGACAAAAUAUUUAUAAUCCAGGUAGAAGAGAAACACAUUUGUAAGGAGGAGACGGAUGAUGAGCAGCUUCUCUGGAAGCAGGAGAGGAGCUCCAAUCUGGAUGAGGAGGAACCAGAGCUUCAACACAUCAAAGCGGAGCAGCAGGAGUACUUCAUCAGUGAGGGAGGAGAACUGCUUGAACAGAAGCAGGAGACUGAUGCUUUUACAGUCACAGAGCAUGAUCAGGAAAGGAUGGACUACAAACCAAGUGAGAGUCCAGAUCUGGAAGAAAACACUCCGAUCAGAAACAGCCAUCACUUUGAGCAUUUAGGCAACUCUUCAACAUUAGAGAAUCACUGUCAAAUAGAUAUAGAGGAAGUCUUGGAUGUUCUGAAAUGUUCAGUUUGUGGAAAAACCUUCACUCAAUCAUAUCUGAAUCACUCUCAAGUGAAGCAACUUGAUGUAAUCCACUCUGGAGUGACUCUAGGCCUUUGUGAACCCUGCAGAAACAGACUGGAUCAAGGUGAUGCUGUGACCAUCCAGCUCGACACUCCUUCGGACAAGAGGUCACAUUUCUGCAAAGUGUGUGGAAAAGUUUUUAUGGGCCGAGAUGUUCCACAGCUGCAUGUCCCUGAGGAUGAGGAGGAGAGAUCCUUUCUGGAUCAGGAUCAGCCAGAGCCUCCACAGAUCAAAGAGGAAGAGGAGGAGGAACUUUCCAGCAGCCAGGAGGAAGAGCACCUGUUACUGAAGCAGGAGAUCAAAUCUGAAAGGGAUGAACUCUAUGUAAUCCAGUUUGAAGACCCCUCAGAGAAACACAUUUAUAAAGAGGAGACGGAUGAUGAGCAGCAGCUUCUCUGGAAACAGGAGAGGAGGUCCAGUCUGGGUGAAGAGGAGCCAGAGCUUCCAGAGAUCAAAGAGGAGUGGGAAGAGGUCUACAUUAUUGAGGAAGGAGAGCAGCUUGAACUGAAGCAGGAGAACGAUGCUUUUAUGCUCACUGAGCAUGAUCAGGAAAAGAUGGACUCUGAAACAGAACCAAGUGAGAGUGCAGUUCUAGAAAAAAAUAAUCAGAUCAAAAACAGUGAUGCUGUGACUGUCCAGCUGAACCCUUCUUCAAAUGAGAGCUUACAUUGGUGUGGAACAUGUGGAAAAGUUUUUACUCGACGUCGUAAUUUAAGUGUUCACAUGAGAAUCCACACUCGUGAGAGGCCUUUAUGUGAAAUUUGUAAGAAAACCUUUUGUCACGCAGAGAGUUUGCUUCAUCACAUGAGAACUCACACAGGUGAGAGGCCUUUUACUUGUCCACUAUGUGAAAAAGGUUUCAUUAGAAGAUGUCAAUUACAAGUCCACCUCAGAACUCACACAGGUGCAAGGCCUUAUACCUGUGAAGUAUGUCAAAAAACUUACAUCAGCAGUAGUUGCUUUAAAGUCCACAUGAGAACUCACACAGGUGAAAGGCUUUUUACCUGUGAAGUGUGUGAAAAAAGUUUUACUACAACUGCUCAAUUAAAAGUCCACAUGAGAACUCACACAGGUGAGAAGCCUUUUACUUGUGAAGUUUGUGAAAAAAGUUUUGCUCAUAUUAGUCAUUUAAAUGUCCACAUGAGAACUCACACAGGUGAGAGGCCUUUUUCUUGUGAAAUAUGUGAAAAGCGUUUCACUAAAAGUAUUCACUUGAAAGUCCACAUGAGAGUUCACACAGGUGAGAGGCCCUAUACGUGUCAAACAUGUGGGAAAAGUUAUGCUCAAAGCAGUUAUUUAAUUGUCCACAUGAGAGGUCACACAGGAGAGAGGCCUUAUAUUUGUAAAAUAUGUGGAAGAAGUUAUACUCAAAGUAGUAAACUAUCAGUUCAUAUGAAAAAGUCACACGCGUGAGAGGCCUCAUACUUGUAAGAUAUAAAAUACUAAAUUAAAAGCCAACAUGAGAGCUUGUACAAGUGAGAAACAUUUUUCCAUGAAAUAUACACAAAACCUUCUGUGAUAUUUGUGGUUUAUCCCACAUGAGCACCCACACAGGCAUUCAAAACUUUCCCUCAAAGCUGUAUUUUUUCCGUCUUUUGUUGUUCCCUGUGAUGUGUUCCUUUUUUCUUAAUAAAAGAUAGCAUAACAAGGAAACAAGCCA